CACUGAGAACAGCGCUGAGCGCCUAGCCUUGCCUUCUUCUCCAGUGCACUUCGAGCCUGAAGGGGCCAGUAUCGGCUGGCGUACAGUAACAGUCUAUAGAGCGCUGCUCGCCGCCGGACAGCACUGGAGCAAUCAUUUGCACGCACAAUUCGCUAUGGAGCUCAUCACGGACCACCCAGUCGUGGCGAUUGCAUUUGUUGUCUGGAUCUUGACGGCUCUUGGAUCUCUCACAUCACGGAGUAGAACCAAGUUGCCCGACAUACCAUGGAUGGGCAAGAGCGGGAACUGGCCUGGCGCCGAGUAUCUCGCUACCUGGUCUGCCCUUGCAAGCAUGCGAAGGUGGUAUAGUGAGGGAUACAAGAAGUACGGCAAGCAAGGCCAAGCAUAUAUUUUGCCAGAUGUUCUCGGUGGCAAACACGUCGUGCUUCCGAACGAGAAGCUAGGCUGGAUUCUUGAGCAGCCUGACUCGGUGUUGAGCACUGGUGCCGCCCACUACGAUGCUCUUGCCGGGGACUAUGCCUUCACUGAUUCGCAAAUUCUCAAAGACCUCUACCAUGAGCACGUGGUCCACCAAAACAUGGCUCGGAAGGUUGGCGAAGUUAUUCCACGCACGUGGCAGGGCAUCUGCGACGCCUUUGAUGAGCUCUGGGGCAAGGACACCCAGCAAUGGAAGACAAUCAACAUUAUGGAUUCCAUGACACACCUUGUGGCCAGCGUCAGCAACUAUUUCUUUGUAGGUGAGCCACUCUGCAGGGAUAAGCAGUUCCUUCGAGCAGGUCGCGCAUUCGCCGAUGCCGUUAUCUCAUGUCUCUUCUUUAAUCAACUGCUGCCCAACAUUGCCAAACCCUUCCUCAUGCCGAUCAUUGCCAUACCAAACCAUUGGCAUCACUGGAAAAUAGCCAGAGCGGUGCUACCAUUCUUCCGGAAGAGGAUGAUCGAGAUGGAGGAGGCGGAGUCGAAGCCAGGAUCCACCAUUGAAAUUCCAGAAGAUUACAUCACUUGGCACAUCCGCACUGCGAAGAAAGAAGGAAGGCUUGAUAUGCUCCAGCCAUACAAGGUGACGAGGUCUUUGAUGGCCAUUGAAUUUGCCGCAAAUCACACCACCCUUCUCACAAUCUCCGCGGCGUUGAUUGACUUAUUUGGCUCUGAUCCUAAGCUUGGAUACGUUGAAGGACUACGGGAAGAAGCAGAGAGGGUAUACCGUGAGCACGAUGGCGUGUGGUCCAAGCAAGCUGUGAACAAGCUUGUCCGCGCCGACUCCGCUUUGCGGGAGAGUAUGCGAUUGCUCAAUAUCACCUACGCUGUCACUCGCAAGGUUUUGGCGCCUGAGGGCGUACGCACUCCAGACGGCAUGCUGGUGCCUUAUGGUCAAUACAUCUCGGUAGCCGCAGAAGAGCGCCAUUACGACGCCGAUGUGUACGAAAAUCCACACGUCUACGAUGCAUUCCGAUUCUCUCGAAGUCGUGAGGCAUAUGAAGCGGCCAAUCCGGAAGAUAAAAACUCCCAAGAGUAUCUCAAGCACCAGAGCAAAAGCUUUGUGACAACAAGUCAAGACUUCCUUCCAUUUGGACACGGCCGGCAUGCAUGUCCCGGGCGCUUCUUCAUUCAACAAGAGCUCAAGAUGCUCUUUGCUUACAUGCUGAUGAAUUAUGACGUCCAACAUUUGCCAGAGCGACCGCCGAAUUUCGUCUGGGGUCCCAUUCAUACGCCCCCACCGAAGACAACUCUUCAAGUCCGGCGUAAGGAAAGAACGUUGUAAGAAUGCACGAUGGUAACUAUAGAUCAAAUUGCCAGCAAGUUAUCAGAUUCUCCAAAUGGCUUGUUUGAACUAGUUAGGGAUUCGGAGCUAAGAGUAGAGUAGAUGUAACAUGCCUUUCUGCAGGGCCCAGCUUGAACUGUUACCUUGACAAAUCAAUCCCUGCCUUUGGGUUCAUUGUCACCCCGUAUAGGUAUGGAGGGUUCUGGUCGCCAUUAGGUCCGCUUCUCCGCCAUGGUCUAUCAAGAUUCAGUCGCCCACCGGGGUUGCUCUUCGCACUCUGGAUAGAAGAAAUUCUGAAUGAUGGCCUCAUACACGCUCCCGGCGCUUUUACGUAUGAGAUUUCUUCGAGAGCGGCAUUGGCUUUUGUGGCCAAGCAUGCUUCGCCCUAAUGCGGGGGACUGGUGACGCUGUUCAAGUUUUGUGUUUCCAGUGCUCGUACGAAAGCUAUACUUGGACGUGAGCGUACAUGGUCUCCGCAAUACGAGGAUGAAUGGGAGAUUACGUUCAAGACGGAGGCCGAAGAGUUCCAGAGGAAUCUGCCUGCAGAGAGGGAUGUUCCGAAAGUUCUACGGAAAAGCAUAUAGUGAUUUACUACUUAGCAUAGCUCGAGAUCAUUCGCG